AUGUACAUAUCUACUAAAGCAUCGUGCUGGCUACCCAUCUAUACGGUGCCGAAUCCUGGGUUCUUCUUUCCCGUUGUCAGCAGGCGAUCAAUAGAAUGCAAAGUGAAUUGUACUGCCCUUUUAUUUUCUCUUUUCAUUAUAGAGACGUCGCUUCCAUUCGCCCUGAGCAGCUCCGAUAUAGCACAAGUAAACUUUCUAACGUUUUUUCUCUCAAAGACAGACGAACAGAAACAUAUAGUCUCACUCUCUCCCUCUCUCUCUCUUUCUUUCUCAAUCUCUCUCUCUCUCUCUCUCUCUCUCUCUCUCUCUCUGUCUUAUAUGAUUAAAAAGAGUUUCCCUCAAAGAGAAAAAAUUGUUUCACCAUCUCUCUCUCUCCUCUCUCUCUCUCUCUCUCUCUCUCUCUCUCUCUCUCUCUCCUUGUCGGUCUCUGACACAGAUCCCCCCACCUCUCUCUCUCUCUAUCUAUCGAAAUACACACACACACACACACACAUAGGAUUCUCUCCCUCUUCCCCCUCCCUCCCAUCUCUCUCUCUCUCUUUCUCUCUCUCUCUCUCUCUCUCUCUCUCUCUCUCUCUCUCUUUGUCUUAG